GCGAGGCGCGCAGCGAGCAGCCGGCGGGCGGGAAGCAGCAGCCGCCGCCCCGCCGCCGCCGGCGCGACGGGCAGCCGGGCUCGCGCGUAGCCGGCUCGGCCCCGGCUCCGCAGCCUCGAGCCGCGGGCGAUCGUGGUCCCGGCGCCGGCACCCGCCGCGUCCCCCGGCCAUGGAAGCGGGCGGCAAGCCCAACUCGUCGUCCAGCGGCCGGGACGAUGGCAACAGCGUCUUCCCCGCCAAGCCGCCCGCGACGGGCGCGGGGUCGGCCGGGGCCGAGAAGGGGCCCGGCAGCCCGCCGGGGGGCGGCGGGACGGGCGCCAAGGAGCUGGGCAACUCCGUGUGCUUCAAGGUGGACGGCGGCGGCGACGAGCCGGCCGGGGGCCUGGAGGACGCCGAGGGGCCCCGGCGGCAGUACGGCUUCAUGCAGAGGCAGUUCACCUCCAUGCUGCAGCCCGGCGUCAACAAAUUCUCCCUCCGCAUGUUUGGGAGCCAGAAGGCGGUGGAGAAGGAGCAGGAAAGGGUUAAAACUGCAGGCUUCUGGAUUAUCCACCCCUACAGCGAUUUCAGGUUUUACUGGGAUUUAAUAAUGCUCAUAAUGAUGGUGGGAAAUCUGGUCAUCAUUCCCGUUGGCAUCACGUUCUUCACAGAGCAAACGACCACGCCGUGGAUUAUUUUCAACGUGGCGUCAGACACCGUGUUCCUCUUGGACCUGAUCAUGAACUUUAGGACGGGCACUGUCAAUGAGGACAGCUCUGAAAUCAUCCUGGACCCCAAAGUGAUCAAGAUGAAUUAUUUGAAGAGCUGGUUUGUGGUGGACUUCAUCUCCUCCAUCCCAGUGGAUUAUAUCUUUCUCAUCGUAGAAAAAGGAAUGGAUUCGGAGGUUUACAAGACGGCCAGGGCGCUUCGCAUUGUGAGGUUUACAAAAAUUCUCAGUCUCUUGCGCUUGUUGCGACUUUCACGACUAAUAAGAUACAUACACCAGUGGGAAGAGAUUUUCCACAUGACCUACGACCUGGCCAGCGCCGUGGUGCGGAUUUUCAACCUCAUCGGCAUGAUGCUGCUGCUCUGCCACUGGGACGGCUGCCUGCAGUUCCUGGUGCCGCUGCUGCAGGACUUCCCGCCCGACUGCUGGGUGUCGCUCAACGAGAUGGUGAAUGACUCCUGGGGAAAGCAGUACUCCUACGCACUCUUCAAAGCCAUGAGCCACAUGCUGUGCAUCGGGUACGGAGCCCAGGCCCCGGUGAGCAUGUCCGACCUCUGGAUCACCAUGCUGAGCAUGAUCGUCGGGGCCACCUGCUACGCCAUGUUCGUGGGCCACGCCACGGCUCUCAUCCAGUCUCUGGACUCCUCCAGGCGGCAGUAUCAAGAGAAGUACAAGCAAGUGGAACAAUACAUGUCAUUCCAUAAGCUGCCGGCAGACAUGCGCCAGAAGAUUCACGAUUACUACGAACACAGAUACCAAGGCAAAAUCUUUGAUGAGGAAAAUAUCCUCAAUGAACUCAACGACCCUCUGAGAGAGGAGAUCGUGAACUUCAACUGCCGGAAACUGGUGGCCACCAUGCCCCUGUUCGCCAACGCCGACCCCAACUUCGUGACCGCCAUGCUGAGCAAGCUGAGGUUCGAGGUGUUCCAGCCCGGAGACUACAUCAUACGAGAGGGCGCUGUGGGUAAAAAGAUGUACUUCAUUCAGCACGGCGUCGCCGGGGUCAUCACGAAAUCCAGCAAGGAGAUGAAGCUGACGGACGGCUCCUACUUUGGAGAGAUCUGCCUGCUGACCAAGGGACGCCGCACCGCCAGUGUCCGAGCCGACACCUACUGUCGUCUGUAUUCCCUUUCGGUGGACAAUUUCAACGAGGUCCUGGAGGAGUAUCCGAUGAUGAGACGGGCCUUCGAGACGGUCGCCAUUGACCGACUAGAUCGGAUAGGAAAGAAAAAUUCGAUUCUUCUGCAAAAGUUCCAGAAGGAUCUUAACACUGGUGUUUUCAACAACCAGGAGAACGAGAUCCUGAAGCAGAUCGUGAAGCACGACAGGGAGAUGGUGCAGGCCAUCCCUCCCAUCAGCUACCCGCAGAUGACAGCCCUGAACUCCUCCUCGGCGGCGGCCACGCCCACCUCGCGCGCCCGGACCCAGUCGCCACCCGUGUACACAGCCACCAGCCUGCCCCAUAGCAGCCUGCACUCCCCCAGCCCCAGCACGCAGACCCCGCCUCCGGCCGCGGUCCUCUCGCCCUGCUCCUACACCACCGCGGUCUGCAGCCCGCCCGUGCAGAGCCCGCUGGCCGCCCGGACUUUCCACUACGCCUCCCCGACCGCGUCCCAGGUGUCCCUCGUGCAUCAGCAGCAGCAGCAGCAGCAGCCCCAGCCCCAGCCCCCGCAGCCCCGUCCGCAGUCCCCGCAGCCACAGACGCCCAGCAGCUCCACGCCGAAGGCCGACGCGCACAAGAGCACGCAGGCUCUGCACAACACCAGCCUGAGCCGGGAGGUCAGGCCCCUCUCCGCCUCGCAGCCCUCGCUGCCCCACGAGCUGUCCAGCCUCAUCUCCAGACCUCAUCCCACGGUGGGCGAGUCCCUGGCCUCCAUCCCCCAGCCCGUGACCGCUGUCCACGGCGCGGGCCUGCAGGCGGCCGGCAGGGGCACUGUGCCCCAGAGGGUCACCCUGUUCCGACAGAUGUCCUCGGGAGCCAUUCCUCCCAACCGGGGAGUCCCUCCUGCCCCCCCUCCACCAGCGGCUCCUCUGCAGAGAGAGUCUUCAGUCUUACACACAGACGCAGACGCCGAAAAGCCACGAUUUGCUUCGAAUUUAUGAUCCCUGCUGAUCCUCGAAGCAGACUCGAAUAAACUGAGAGUGGUCUCAGAUCUUAUUUUAUUCUAUCUCCUGAUACAUCCCUAUAGCCCACUAUGAAGAGAUAUUUUAGACAGCUCUGGCCUACAUGCAAAAUGUAAAAAAUAUAUAUAUGUAUACAUAUACUAUUAAAUAUAUAUAUCUAAAAUCCCAAGAGAAGUUCGAAAGACUUGUUUAGCAUUCAGUGUUACAUGUCUUCCUUACUUUAAAUCAUUAAAAGGUUUAAAAUGUUGUUGUAAGGUUAUUUAUUUUUAGUCUACCUUUACUUAAUUCCUUUGAUAUAUGUAUUUCUCGUUUUUAUGAGGAGUUCUUGGAUUCAAUGCAAACAAAACUCUGAUUUUAAAAAGGCAACUCGAGUGAGCACCAAUCCAAACUUCCUUCUUCCACUAGCUGUGUCUCUGCAUCCAAAUUGUUAAUCGUUAAUUAUGGAAGAUCAAAUAGCAUCCCCUUUUAUAGAUCUAAAUUAUAUUUUGGUGCUUUCAAUUUUGAAUUAGGCUAAAGAACAAUUAUAUAUGCUCGGCCACAGUAGGAGACUAGCGUUACCACUGUUAUGAAUAUCUCUGACCUCAAACAUGUUCAUCGAUCUUUCGGAAAGCGAGGGAAUAUGUCUCUUCACGUGUUAUUGGACUAUUACCAAGACUCAAUCAAUGUUAGUUGUAAAUAACUUUUUCCACCCAGAUAAAAAUAGCUACUCUGUGCUGUAUGAAGGUCAAAGUCAUUGUCUAAGAAUUUAGUUUUAUUGCUUCACUUCAAAACUUAGAGUUUUAAAUUUUACAAAACCUAACUGUGACAACUAUUCAAAUGUAAUGCAAUGGCUUGAAACCUACAAUGUUAUUUUAACCUGCAAUGUUUUAUGCAAAAUUGUAUGCUCGAUUCUACAAAUUGCUUGUACUACACCAAAAACCAUUACUUUUCUUCCUUCUUUCCAUAAUCAAGCAUCUGAAAAUAGUCCCUGCAUGCUUUUUUGGAAAAAAAAAAAAAUAGGUUCAAAGCAGUCAUUGUAGGGAAAGGCUUACAGCAUUUCUCGUUUCUAGAAAAGAAUAACAAUUUCAUUAAUUGCCUAUCUUAAAAUCCCUAUAAGGCUGACUUGGGUCUCUGACUUAAGUCUAGAAGUGAGGUUUUCACUUUCAUUUAAUAUUAUUACUAUUAUUGUUAUUAUUAUUAUUUAAAUAAUGAUUUGUAAACCACAGCUUGGUUUGGAGUUGCCGGUGUGUUCUGUCUUCACUGUAGUUGGAAGUUUACCACGGUGUUAAUUUAAAGAAAUAAACACUUGCAGCCUCUUGUCUGUUUGGGAGCACACACUCUGCUCUGUGUAUAGUGUAACUCAGUGGUUAGAACAUCUUAAGGCCUGUGGUGACGGCGUAGCCCUUAGACAGGAGGUUUGUCACUUUAAAUGUGCUGAGAAAAGUGUAGACAUGGUGAUGGAAAACAGGGUCAAACUGAUUGUGAGCACUGUUUGUUUGUUUGUUUGUCUGUUUCCUUAACUCUUUCCAUGAUCUGGGAGCAUCUUCUUCUGAAAGGAGCCCCUUAGUAGUGAUUUGUGCCUGAUGCAUCCCACGAAUGUGGGGGGUGACUGGAAUACCACGGGAAGAUUCCUAACAACCGACUUCUGUAAAUAACCCAAGUCAAGAGAAGGACCUGAAGCGGAGGUCUUCAGUCUUUCUGUCGAUACACAUACGAGGAACCUAAACAAGAUCGCACGUUCCGUGGGGAGGGCCUCCCAGAUAGACUUGAGGACAGAACCCCAGAGCAAAAGCAAAAACUCUAAAAUGGAUCCAUGCUGCCUGUUAUGCCUUUUAUGGGAAAAAAAAAUUAUCUAUGAUACCAAAAUGAGUCGUUAUGAUUGAUUUCUACCAGAUCCCAGCCUGAGUGGGUCAGCGGAGCUAGUCCAUGUAACGUCACGGUGACCGGGCAGGGACACAGGAGGGCGUGUCGGGAGCGGGGUAGGAAGGAGCUUGGUCGGUCCACCUGGAACCUGUGGGAAAACUGCAAGACCAUGGACAUAUCAGUACAGAAUCCUUUAUUUUAUUAAGAGAUUGAGAUUUAACUUCAAUUUAUUAAGAUCGUGUAUUGAUCCUUUAAAUGAUUAAAGGUUUACAUUUGAUAGGACUAAUGGGUUUGGUAGUGAAAUAUUUUUAUAUCAUACAAAUUUUUGGUUUUUUAUUUCAAGGACUAUUGGGAAACAUAAGCGGAAUUGAAUCGCAUGGUCUUUCAGUACAACCAUAAAAUUUGUAUUUCCUUUGUAAUAGAAUGGUCAAAAAGCUAAGGUUUAUAUGUUAAAGUCACGAAGUGGUACAGGGUAAAUGAUAUCCAUAUAUAUGUAUAAAUAUAUACUUAGGUUAAGAAAAAUUGACUCACAUUCCUGUAAUAUGAAAGUCAAUUGCUAGUUGAAAAGUGACCUUUUUUCUCUGUACAUAGCUAAACCCAUGGGUAUGGAGUUUUAAUCUGUACAGAAAGAAAUGUAUUAUUGAAGAGAUUGGUCCUUCUGCUGCUGGGAAAAUAGUAGACUAGCUGAUUCUUACAACAAUUGUAUGAUCAGGGAUGAGUUAGAGAACUUCUUUUGUCUUUGCUCAA